UAGAAAAAGUUAAAAUAGGACAAAAAGGUGAUAACAAAAAUAAAGACAAUUGUGGGAUAUUAGAAAAGAUAGUAAAGGUAAAUAAAAAGUUUGCAAAAGCAUCAAUUAGACUUAAUUAUGUUUCUGGUAUUGAAAUUGAUAUUGAUAGUGUUAAGAUAGUUCAAGAAUUUUAUGUGAAGCAUGAACUGGUUUCUAAUGUAGUUCUUGGUAUGUCAUGGAUCGUGAAAACAAGAUGUGAUUUCAAGUGGAAGGAUAGAAAAUAUUGUUGUAUGAUUCAAUCUAAUAAUGAUGAAACCAUGUUUGUGAUCUUAGAAGAAUUUGAAAUUUAUAAAAAUAUUGUAGAUAAAGAUUAUAGGAUAAAAGAGAAUGAUGAUGAAAAGAAAGUGAUAUUACAGAUAUUAGGUGUAUAUUAA